AAUGCUUUAAGACAGAUGAGAGGAGGAGAAAGAGGACAGAGCUUUAAAAGAGCUGCAAGCUCCACAAUGUGCACACAAUUCACCAACAGAGCUGAACACCUACAGCAUCGAGCAUCAACAAUACUUGUACUUCUCAUUGGCAGAAUGAACUACAAAAUCUUUUCAGUCUUUGUUAUUGUUGCUGUGGCAUUUGUGACCAUUACUGAGGGAAUGAGUCUUAGAGGUCUGGGUGUAGAUCUACGCUGUCGCUGCAUUAAAACAGAGAGUCGACGCAUUGGUAAACUCAUAGAGAGUGUGGAGCUCUACCCUCCUAGCCCUCACUGUAAAGAUACAGAGAUCAUUGCCACCCUGAAGGAAACCAAGCAGGAGAUCUGUCUGGACCCUACUGCUCCCUGGGUUAAGAAGGUCAUUGAGAAGAUCCUUGCCAACAAAGCACCGUGAAUAUCUGAACCAUCUGAGAUGUUGAGCCAGACGAUAUGCAUUAUAUUUUAACCUGUACUGAUGGGCACCAUUCUGCUUGGUUAUGUUUAAAACAGUUUGUUCAAUGUUUUAGUUUUUGUCAACUGUUGUUCUAUAUAUAUAUAUAUAUAUUUAUGUAUUUAUUUAUUAUAUAUUUUUUAAUAAAAUGUUUUUAUACUACA